UAAAUCCGUGUGUGAGUCUGGGAUAUGUAGUUUCUUACGCUGCGUAACUGCGUCAGCGGAAGUGUUUUGACCGUAUGAGAGGUCACAUUGGGUUUGUUUUGUAAUGUUUUGAGAAUCAGCACUACAAUGGAGGCAACUAAAACAGAUGAGAUCCAGCUGAGACAUGUGGAGACAGAUGUUCUUAUCCCCAAAAUGAUGAGGGAGAAAGCCAAGGAGAUCUGUGUGGAAAAAGUUGAAGCCUUCAACCACUGCUGCAAAGACGCGGGGUUCCUCAUGGUAGUAAAGUGUCGAGAGCAGAACGCAGCACUGAAGGAGUGUCUGAUGAUACACUACAAGGACCCUGCGUUCUUCGAGCAGUGUAAGCAGGAGUACAUCCAAGAGAAACUGGAGUACUUGAGGACAGGGGUCGCAACAAAGAACAGAAAACAAAAACUCCCAACUAGCAUGUAGCUAAUAACAUGAUAGUGUCCCCCCUUUUGAAGGUGAAGGUGCGACUUGGAUACAUUCUCAUCUUUAAGCAUAACCUGUGUGCUCUAUUCAAAUCUUUGCAGUGACUGAAAUAAGUUUGGUGUGCAAGAAAUAUAUCCAUGCAAUUGUUUUUUUUUUGUUCUGUAUAUUUGCAAGAUGUUUUUGUCAGAUUGCCAGAGUUAUCUCCCUCACCAGAUUAAAUCAGCAGCUUUAACAUUACAUUUAGCGAUGAGCUCAUGGAUGAAUAGAAUAUACAGAUGUGAUCAUGCAGUCUCCUCCUGUAUCUUCUGUUUGGUUGCCUUUACUGGGCCUUACAGCUCGGUAGAAAUCUGCAGUGUAAAACAUCCUUUGUCAUCAAAGAAACAUUUUCAAAAAGGCUUGGUUUGCAAGGAAAGACUCUUGUAUGUAAUGCACAUCUCACAGCAUUGAAACAUGUAUGAUCAUUUGAAAAAUGACAUUGUAAAUAAAGAUAUUAAGCUGCACAAA